CGGCGGUGGGGAUGGCGGUGCUGCGGCCCUUCGAUAAGCUGCCGGAGCUCAACAGCGCUACCAUACUGCUGGUGGGCGCGGAGGGCGGCCCGCAGCAGCAGCUCGCCGAGGCCAUGCUGUGCGAGAAGAAGGACUUCAACAUCAGCAUCCACCUUGCAUCAUCCCUCCCCUUACCUCCAGAGAGGGAUCACCUUCGGCCCAGGAUAGAUCUGAUUGCAUUUGUUAUUGACAUCAAGAGCAAAUACAGCUUGAAGAAUGUUCAAGCUUCACUAGCUUAUGUGGAUGUCAGAUUCUUCCUGGGAAAAGUGUGCUUCCUUGUCACAGGGGUUGGCAGGGUGAACAACUGCAGCGUAGAGAUGAAUGCCAUCUGGAAACUGGGAGAAGACUACUGCAGUCCUGUGAUAUUCUGUGAGCUGGAGCUGGAAGGGAUACGAGUUGCCACUGCUCAGCGACUUCUCCGGAUGCUACAGAUCUGUGCUGGUCGUGUACCAGGAGUUUCUGCCAUGUACUUCAGCUUGCUGAUGAGGAACUCUGCUGGUGAUUAGCCUCUUGAUGUGAGAAUUUAUCCAGAUUCAUCAUUUUUCUUUACUUCAAGGCAUUUGAGCUGCUGCACUUGGAAUUGCAUUGGGAAGCUUUCUUGCCGGAUUUGUUACAACCACUCUUCCAGAGCUGUUUGUAGUUGUUAGUCUAUUUAAAAAAAAUAAUAAUUAAAAAAAUGAUUCCUAUUGAGUGAAUAAAGUAUAGGUGAGGAGAGGAUAGUUUGAAUUAGGGUUCCCUACCUGUUGUUACAUUUGAAUGCCACUGUGUGAUGGGUUUUGGAUUUCAGCCACUUUGCUAUUGGCCAGGAAUGACAUAUUCUCUCAGUAAAACAGGCAACUAAUCCCAGAUGCGGCUUAUCAUGGUUGAGUGUCUUAAUUUCUGUAGGCAGCAGGUGAGGCAGCAGGCUUCUGCUUCCUCUCAACAGCAAUGUAGCACCUUGGAUUAAUGCAGAACCUCACUGCAGACUUUGUUUCCUCACCAAGAGAGUAACAAGGGAGAAAGGCAGUCCUUCAGCUUCAAGAUAUGCUGCAAUUGGCAGUUAAUGAUCCAGCUGUGUGAGCAUCUGCCCACUGAAGGGCUCAGCAUUUCCAUGCCUGGCACAUAACUAGGGAGGAAGGGACUGAAGAAGAUAAUCUAGCACUUUAGCUUUCUUUUAAAUCUUUAGAGAAAAAGGCUUUAUCUCUUAAGCACAAAAUAAUUUGACUUGAACAGCUGUGAACUGUGCUGCUGCAAGUCAGCUCCUGCAAACCAAGGAGAGAUUUAUCUGAAGAUGUCAAACUUUCUGCGAGUUAAGAAAUGAGGAUGGCUGUAAUAGAUGUGGCAGUAUUUGGGAUACAGUCCUUACAGACAGGCCGCAGUAGGAGAAAUAGGCAGUUACUACUGAAAAUCAGCCCCUAUUCCCAAAUUAAAACCACAGAAUUGUUUUUUUUUUUUCUCUCUUAUGCUCCCAGAGAAUCAAAUCUGAGAAUAAUGGAAGUUGCUGGCUUCCAGCAAGCCUCUGCAAACUGGGCAGUUUUGGUUCAGAGAGCUGCAGGACUGCAUUCUUCCCUCCAGCAUCUGUAGGGCUGAGGCUCUGCACUCUGCAGCUGACCAGAGAUGAAAGCCAACAGGACUAUAGCAGCAUACUGAAACACACGGUGACUCUUGCAAGUUGGGCAUAUGAUGUGUGCAAUUAUUUAACUAAUAGCUUCCUAUCAGCAGUAAUUCAUGCCUUAUUCUUACUGCCAGUCAGUAGUGUGUUUUGGAGUUUUAAAUUAAUAAAAUAUAUAAUAUUAAUUGGUAUGAUUUCUUUGUUUAGGUCUGUAGGAUGGGCUUUAAAACCUAUGAAUGCUUUUCCCAAUUAGACCAGGCAGUGGAACUGGUCCUUGCUGGCAUUUCUAACGUCCUGUGAGUUGUGACUUGGUAGGCUGCAGUCACUGCUUCGGCCACAUGGUGGUGGCAAAACCUUUCAAAAUAUGAUGCUUUUGUAAGCUGAAUUGGACCACCUUACAGAAUAGGUUGUUUCUUGAAAUAUUGGGCUGUUUCUUAUCCAGAAUUGCAUGCCAGGUAGAAAUAAGUUCUGACAGGAUCUGUUAAGCUCUUCUGCAGUUUAACUUAAUCCCUGAUAGUCUGCUUUAAUGUUCCUAGGUGCAGAGCUGUAGCUGCAUGUGCUGUUUUGCUUAGCUUGUUUCUGACAUCUGUCUAUGAGCAGGAGAAAGCAGCAUUGCAGGCUUAAUCAACUGUGAGUGUUGGCAGUCCUUGCAAAGACAGCUCAGCAAGACGCAAAGCCUGUAUCCUUGCUCAGAGGACACACAAAUCCCAGCUCCAGUUGUAUUGUUGCUGGCAGGGGAGAGAUAGGAUGUUUGUCAGCUGGAACAAAGGAGCUAAACCGCUCAGCUGUGUUAUGGUGUCCAAAAGGGCUGGACUAUGGCUAAAACCCAGAGGAGAAAGAUGUGCGAAGUCUCAUGGCCAUGUAAGAAGGAUGGGGAGCUUAAUGGGCUUGCCCUACUUUCAGCUUUGCGAUCCUGCCAAUGCCUGCGAGGACUUUAUCACCAGAGACUGAAACACCAGUUUCUCUGUUGGUUAUGGUGGCUGAGCUUC